CAAAAGUGGGGAAUGAAGUGCGCGGUGUUUCUUUCAAGUAGUUCAUGUGGGACGCACAGAAGGAUGGAAAGUGCAGAAGGGUGGGGAUUGAGGUUUGCAGCAAGAAGAUAAGCACUCUUCCCAUUUACAAACGACAAGGACGACGGUUGACAACUACAAGUCUUCUUGUUCAAGCAAUGUGCUUUUAGUUGCAGUGGAUUCUGGUCAAUGUCCGAUAUUUGAACCCAUUUUCUAUGACAAUUGUGGCUCCAGUAAAAACAACUACAACCACGACAGCCGCGGCGGUAGAACAUUCCGCCUCACCGGUCCGUUCUUUGACCGACACGGAGGACACUUCAAGACUCGUGCGGGCCACGCAGUCUCGUAAGGCAACCUCUGUACCUCCAAAGCCGGUAGUCCCAAGUCUCAUCGCACCAGGGAAUUCCUGGCAUACCGCUGCAAGUUCUGCUUUGUUUCCUACAAAAAAUCUAAACGAACCCUACGAUGGGAGUCUGUCGACCUGGCCUAUGCCUUCACCCACUCUUGCAUCAACAGCUUUUGUGAUCGAAGACCUGGGACGAGGUCAGGAAACGUCCACCACAUCAAAUACGGUUGAGUCAGCUCUUGCGACAGAAGGACCUACCAGGUCCUCGUUUCAGAAGAAGCUUGGAAAGGAUGUGAACGGGAGAUUGGCAUCUCCUGUAACGGUGACAAAGAGUUGGGAAUGGUCUGGACUGCAAGAGACAACACCAUCUCCAGAGGAUCUGCAAUCUACAAAAAAAGCGCUACCGACACCCACCGACCUGUCGCGGCCCCGCCUCUUAGAGUCCCUUUCGAAUUCCCCCUUGAUUGAUUUUCCCAAUAAUUCCGAGAGUCUACCUAUUGGCAAUUUACUACCUUCACAGCUGCCAGAACCGGUAAACGGAAUCAUUCCAUCAAUACCCCCGCUCGUCCCGAGUCCGUCUAGCGAUCCUGUGACGCCGCCCACUGAUGUACCAAAGAUACCCUCACCGGCGGCGAACCCACCGAGUGUUCCCAAUGGCCCGACUACAUCAAUCACCUCUGGCCCCACUCUUCCUAUUCCUUCGCUGCAGCCUGACUUGCCUCCACUGGAGAAUAAGCCAGGAGUUCUUCAGCCACCUCGUUCCGGUCUUGUUAGUGCACCGAGGCCAGCCGCCGCAGACUCAGGUAACGGUGGAGACUUGUUGGGUGGGCCACCGCUAUUACCACCCACGGCAGGUUCCCCAUCCCUCGGGGCUGUUCCUGACAACGCUGGCGUUGUCAAUGGAAAUGACGGCAAGGGGAAGGACGGAAGCGGCAUUAAAGGGGGGGACAGACCUGGAACGACGGACACCACUCGUAAACUGGACGCGGAACGAACAGGCACCUGGCACCCGUCGGUCGGCGUCAUCUUUGGCGUGGCACUGGUCUUCUUUAUAGGGCUUGCGGCGGCUGUAAAGUAUCGAAAACGGCGCAGACCUCAACGACUGACUGAUCGCGAGUCUUCUGUUAGUGGUAACGGGACAAGGAAGGAAGAUGUGACGAUAAUUAGGCCAAAACCGCCCCCCUUGGAGCCCGUACACGCCAUGAUCGCGGUUCCAGCGCCGCCACCAACCCUACCGCUGCAAUUGGAUGCCUUUGCUCCUGCACUUGCGCCUAUUGCAUCUGUUGAACAACCAAAAUACCUGAGUGAACGUGGCGAUACCGCACCAGAAUUUUCGACAUUGGCUUCAGAUGAGAAUCACGUUCUCUGCAAACCUGCACCCGUCGUUGAUGUUUCAAACAUCAAGCCGGCCCCUUUGCCCUCGUAUCCCACCUCAAUACUAUCUGAAUCGACUGGAAGGGAUGCGGAUUCCAUUCAGGAUUCUUUGUCACUCCGACCAGAUGCUUACCUUGUACUGUCACCGUCUGGAGCAGUCUAUGAGACGGAUGAGGGCACAUUAGAGACUGGACAGAACGCUUCUAGAGCAUCCGUGCAACGAUCCUCUGCUUCUUCCUCAGAUUACUCCAACCUUUCAAUCGCUCUACAUGCGAUGCAACAGCCAACAAACCAAUCAUACCCAUCCAGAUCACUUGAACGUGGACGGCCAAGAGGCUUGUCGACAUCGACUUUUGCUACAUCUGUUACGUCGGUAUGGGAAACCGAUACAGAGUACAGUCUAGACUAUGAAUCUAUUGGGGAUGGGCGGUCGGAUCGGAGAACGUCGGAUGUUGAAAUGUGCGAGUAUCAAGAGAUUGAUAGUGAAACGGAGAGUAUCGCAUCGGGAAGUGUGGUACAGGUUGUGGUAGAAGCAAGGCGUUGUAGCUCGUAAAGACGAGAUAUUUGUAAAUAUGACCUUCUUUUGGAGCA